GGUGGGGAACUCACACCGGCUAUCAACUCCUCUGGCGUUUGUGGCUCCAGAGUCAGGCAAGGCCCAGCCCCUACUUGCAGGCCCAGAGGAGGUGCCAAAGCUUUGCCCUCCCUCUCCCCCAUCACUACCCAACCAGCUGUGGCUGCAUGCGAGAAAUGCUGGCUUAUUGCACCACUGGAAGGUGCUCAAAUACCAUGUGAUGAGCCAUUUUUGGUAAACAAUGAAGGUUCUGUUACUGAAGGACCCCAAAGACAGAGGCUCAGGACCAGAUCCAUAUAUUCAAGAAUUAGAUUUAUAUGGAUUUGAAGCAGCUUUGAUCCCUGUUUUGUCAUUUGAAUUUGUGUCUCUUCAAACUUUCUUUGAAAAGCUCUCUCAUCCAGAUCAUUAUGAGGGUUUAAUUUUUACCAGUCCAAGAGCAGUAGAAGCUGCCAAGUUAGUUUGGGAGAGAAUAGUAAAAAAAGUAAAAAUGAAGGCCAAAUUCUAG